AAUACUUACCUUAACCUAAAAAUAAAAGGAAACAUACAUACGAGAAAUUAAAUACUUACCGAAAACAAGUUAAAUAUAUGAAGCCUAAAACCUACCUUAAAAUUAGUAUUGCACAAAUUGUUACUUAACCUAAGUGAAAUUUCCUUUGAAUUUUUGGCAAUAAUAAAACUGGAAGGUGAAGUUUAAAUCUACCUCUUGUCAAUCUAGAAGGCAACAUACAAGGAGCAAAAGGUUUGUCACAGAACAUUAUGGUCCUUCGAACCGAAAAAGUGAAUUUGUUGGUAAAACGAAUGUACGGAGUCCAAAGUGAUUUAGUCCAGAAGUGAUUUUUUUUUUGGUAAAUUUUUAAAUAAAUUUUAAACAAUUCAAACAAAAGGAAAAAUACAUAUGUACUUGGUGAAAAUCGGUGCUACUUACCUACUACACUGGAAAAAAAGAGAAAUAUAUAAAUUUACUUACCUAUUAAACCUGUGAUACUUACCCUAUCAAGAACCGUGAGCUUACCUGGUGAAAUUCAAUACUUAAUAAUUAACCCUAACAAAGUUUCAUUUUGUGCUACAAAAAAAACAACCAAAAAUACAAUUAUACUUACCAAAGGAAAUUUUAAACUGAAUGAGUGCUAAAUAGAGAAAAUUUAUGUACAUAUAUUUGAAUGUGGGUUCAAAUUAAACAUACAAAAAUAUUAACAAUAAAAUAAUAAAAAAGCUAAAGCGAAAAACAUUGUGAGCAAAAAUUUAGUGCAAAACCAAUUAAACACUCUUCCGGUGUCGGUACAAAAAAAAAAGAAACACACACAAAAGCAAUAACUCGCAGUUCUACAUAAGGAACUCUAAAGACUUUGCCAGAAAUAAAAAUCCGUUACAACGGUAAGGAAGCAAGCACAUAAGCGCCAACAAGUGGACAGACAGAGCGUCACCUUACACACACGCAGGCGUAUACCCUCACAUAAUACACACACACAUAACAAAAUUACAAAAUAUGGCAGCCUACUUACCACGGCCGGAAGAAGAGCGCUCGAGAGGGAGGGAACGUCGGCAAGGAAGGAAUGGUGAAAGAGCAGCAGCCUCACCAGUGCGGCAACAUUCGGGCAAUCGACGACAUGUUGAUAGGCAUGGAAGACCCACCACUUGGCAAUUAGACAACAGUCUAGAACCAGCUAUUCGGGAUGAUGGAUCGCUCAAGCUGGACAUCGUAUUCGUCCCCACAGCUACGGUACGGGUAUCGGAGGACGGCGUCGACAGGUGGUCUUCUAUUCGGGCCCUAGUUAACCAAGGAUCCACCAUGUCGCGCAUUGCCUACUCCACUUAUCGGCGUCUUGGUCUGCGUUCAUUCACGUAUCGUGGCAAUCGGUUUGCGCAUUUCAGGCUGAUGCCCCGAAAUGUCAACAGUACCUGGGCGUUAAGAGUGAACGCCUUAAUAACUGACAAUUUGCCGAUCCGACCCUACUCCGAUCCAAUCAUCGAUGACCCGACCCAGGACUUCACCAACAACACCCUUGCAGAUAUGGACCCACGCUCUAAUACGCCAAUCGACCUGGAGCUUGGCGCUGAUGUGUACCCAGCUCUCCAAAGGGAAGGCAAGGUGGCUACUGGACUAGGCGAUGUUUAUGCCUAUCCAACCACUCUUGGCUACAUUCUUACUGGUCCCAUCAGAAACCUACCUCGAGAGUAAUGUUAAACCUAAGUCUUGAUAUACAUAUACACUUGUCACGGGGGAUGAGAAUGUUUAGGAUAGUCCUAAACUUUUGCUGUCGACUGUAGUCAUAAUCUAUUUUUCAGCACUGUAGCUAGCGGACCAUCCAUUAUAUGCACUUACACACACGCACAUAUGCAUGUGCGGGCGGCCACUGGCUACAGGUGCUUUGUUGUUAUUUUUCGCUGAAUUCCAAUGGCAAGCAGAGGCUGCUGGUGUCAUCAAUUGCAAUCAUGUUUUUAAUGUUUUUCUGAUCAUCUAAUCGUUCGCCUCGAUAGCUCCCCCGUGACAAUAACAUACGUACAUACAUACAUGCAUAUAUAAAAGAAGUUAAAGUGCAGUGAACCAAAGAAAAGUAAACAGAAAUGAACAUAAGGAAAAGCAGAAGUACAUAAGUUAAAAUAAAACACAUACAGAACUAGACAAAGUGAAAAAUAUUUGAUCAAUCAAAAUAUAUAUAUUGCACAUUGUUAAUAAACCUAAAAUUGUAAAUUUUUUGUACUUACCUAAAGUUAUUUACCUACAAUUAUCUACCUAAAAUUACACGCUUAAAAUACUUACCUUAACCUAAAAAUAAAAGGAAACAUACAUACGAGAAAUUAAAUACUUACCGAAAACAAGUUAAAUAUAUGAAGCCUAAAACCUACCUUAAAAUUAGUAUUGCACAAAUUGUUACUUAACCUAAGUGAAAUUUCCUUUGAAUUUUUGGCAAUAAUAAAACUGGAAGGUGAAGUUUAAAUCUACCUCUUGUCAAUCUAGAAGGCAACAUACA